AUGAGCCAACCACCUAGCGUUCAGCACACGUCACCUGAGGGCGUGCCGCCCUCCGAGGUGCCAGCAGCCGCCACAGCAGCAGCAGAGUCAGCAGCGGCCGAGGGUGGCGCGGAAGGCACAUCCAAGUCGGCACAGAAAAAGGCUGCCAAGCUGGCCGAGAAGCAAGCGAAGGCUGCGGCCAAGAAUGCAUUGAAGGCGGAAAAAGCGCCCGCUUCUGCCGGAGCCUCGUCUGGUGCGCCCAAGAAGGAGAAAGUUAAGAAGGAGACAAAGGAAGAACCUGCCUGGACUGACCCUACGAAGCCAGGCGAGCAAAAGGACUUGUCGGCACCAAUGGAGAGUGGAUACAACCCGCUCCAUGUAGAGUCGUCAUGGUACGCCUGGUGGGAGAAGAAGGGCUUCUUCACACCGAAGCCACCCAGUGAUGCGGCCCCGUACGACCCAGCCAAGACGUUUGUCAUCCCACUACCGCCGCCUAAUGUCACAGGUCUCUUACACAUUGGGCACGCACUGACAAUCUCGAUCCAGGAUGCCCUUAUUCGUUUCUACCGCAUGAAGGGAUACCGCACGCUGUACGUGCCGGGCUUUGAUCAUGCAGGUAUCUCGACACAGACAGUUGUCGAGAAGCGCUUGGCGAAAGUGGAGCAGAAGUCGCGCUAUGACUACGGCCGCGAAGCUUUUCUGCAGAAGGUCUUUGACUGGAAGGACGAGUAUCAGGCGCGUAUUUCGAACCAGAUGCGCCGGCUGGGCGCGAGUUUUGACUUCACGCGCGAGGCGUUCACGAUGGAUGCUUCUCUCUCUGAGGCGGUUACGGAAAACUUUUGCAAACUGUUUGAAGACGGCAUUUUGUACCGAGAGAACCGCCUCGUGAACUGGUGUGUGUACCUGAAUACGACUCUGUCGAACCUGGAGGUUGUGCAAAAGACAAUCCCCGGCCGCACACUCAUGAAUGUGCCGGGCUACCCACCGAACGAGCGCAUCGAGUUUGGUGUGAUUGUCUCGUUCGUGUACCCGGUGGUCGGCUCGGACGACAAGAUCAUUGUGGCGACGACGCGUCCCGAGACAAUUCUCGGUGAUACGGCCGUUGCUGUGCACCCUGACGAUGAGCGGUACAAGCAUCUGCAUGGCAAGUUGCUGCAGCAUCCGUUCAUUGCCGAGCGCCACAUCCCUGUCGUGACGGAUUCGGUGGCCGUGGACAUGGCGUUCGGUACAGGUGCUGUCAAGAUCACGCCUGCGCACGACCCGAACGACUAUGAUGUGGGUAAGCGCCACAACCUGCCCUUCAUCAACAUCCUGAAUGAUGACGGCACACUGAAUGCGAACGCCGGUGAGUUUAAGGGCAUGAAGCGAUUCAGUGCGCGCCGCGCUGUCGUUGACGCGCUCAAGGCCAAGGGCCUAUAUGUCGAGACCAAGGACAACCCUAUGGUGGUGCCUGUGUGUGAGCGAUCUGGCGACGUGAUCGAGCCGGUGAUGAAGCCACAGUGGUGGGUCAACUGCCAACCUCUCGCCAAGGCGGCCGUCGAAAAGGUCCGGCAGGAGGACAUGGCGAUUGAGCCUCCACAAAGCAAGCGUGAGUUCUUCCGCUGGAUGGAGAACAUCCAGGACUGGUGCGUGAGUAGGCAACUGUGGUGGGGUCACCGGGUGCCUGCGUACUUUGUCGACAUGGAAGGUGUGGAGCAGGACGCAUCCGAGGGCCGUUGGUGGGUCGUUGGUCGCACACGGGAACAGGCCGACGAGCGUGCGGCCAAGAUGGCGAAUGGCCGCGCAUACGAGCUCAAACAAGACGAAGACGUCCUUGAUACGUGGUUUUCGUCGGGUCUGUGGCCGUUCUCGACGCUCGGCUGGCCGCGUGCAAACACGGACGACAUGAAGUACUACUACCCGACAUCCAUGCUCGAGACCGGCUGGGACAUCCUGUUCUUCUGGGUCGCCCGCAUGAUCAUGCUCGGUGUAUACCAUACGGGCCAGCUGCCGUUCAAGGAGGUGUUCUGUCACGCGAUGGUCCGUGAUGCCCACGGACGCAAGAUGAGCAAGUCGUUAGGCAACGUCAUUGACCCUAUCGAUGUCAUCGAGGGCAUCUCGCUCGAGGGGUUGCAGCAGCGCCUGCGCGAAGGCAACCUGGACGAAAAGGAGAUCAACAAGGCAGCGCAAGGUCAGAAGAAAGACUACCCGCGCGGCAUUCCGCAGUGCGGCACAGAUGCCCUGCGCUUCACGCUGUGCGCUUACACAGCGGCAGGUCGUGACAUCAAUCUCGACAUUAUGCGUGUGGAGGGCUACCGGAAGUUCUGCAACAAGCUGUGGAAUGCCACGCGCUUCGCGCUGCUGAAGCUGCAAGACGGAUACACGCCCCUCCCGCUGGCUGAACAGGAUGCGUUUGUGCCCCAGAGUCUUGUGGAGAAGUGGAUCCUGUACCGGCUCAAUGCCACUGCGAAACAGCUUGACCACGACAUGCAGCAGCGCUCGUUCAUGAGUGCCACCAGCUGCGUGUACAACUUCUGGCUGUACGAUCUGUGUGACGUAUACAUUGAGGCCAUCAAGCCGAUCACCGAUGCGGGUGCAGAGCCUGCCGCCCGUCUCUCUGCGCAGCACACACUGUAUGCAUGCUUGGACGCUGGUCUGAAGCUGCUGCAUCCAUUCAUGCCGUUCGUCACAGAGGAACUCUGGCAUCGUCUGCCUGUGCGCCCGCAAGAAACGUGCGAGACAAUUGCGCACACGCGCUUCCCUCCGUGGAAUCCAACGCACGACUUUGCCGCCGAAGCCGCACAGUUUGACGAUGUGUUUGCGAGUGUGCGUGCGGUGCGUGCGCUUGCCGCUGACUACGGCCUCACGUCCAAGAUCCAGGCAUUUGUCGAGGUGCAGAAUGCCGAGUCUCGGCAUGUGCUGAGCACGCAGUGCAGUGUGAUGCACACGCUCAUCAAGGGCUGUGAGAGCAUUGUGUGUGUGUCGCAAGCGUCCGAGGUGCCGGCAGGAUGCGUUGUGGCUAGUGUGUCAGCGACGAUUCAGGUCCAUCUUCUUGUGAGUGGCCUUGUCGAUUUUGACCAGGAGCUGAGCAAGCUUGCAAAGAAGCUGACUCUGAAUGAGACCCAACUACAACGCACCGUGGCUCUGACCCAGAAGCCUGAUUGGUCCAAGACGCCAGAGGACGUCCGCGCUAGUACGAACCAGCGACUUGAUGAUCUCGAGGCUGAGAAGGCAGCCCUUCUCAAGGCACAAGCCAACUUCGAGUCGUUGCGUUCUUCCUCUUAG